GUCGGGUUAACGGGACCAGCGGGAUGCGACGCUGGGCGACCGUCGUGCUGCUCCUGACCGCGCUGUACGCGGCCGACUGCGCUUCUCCAGACGUGGCGCUGCAACAUCCGCCCGAUGUACGUGCACUGCUCGCCGAGCGGAAUGCGACCGCGUCUGCAAUGACCAACGCCACGACGAGCAAGGCGACGACGAUCGCGCCGGCAACGAUCAUGGCCACGACCAUCAAGGCUGCCAAUCUCGCUACAACCGCAAAGAAGACGACGACACAGUGGUGCGUCGACGGCGGCUUCACGUUUGACCUCAACUUUGCAAAAGCCUUUGCCGACAUCCCUGCCUUCGGCAACUAUUUUGUGAGUCAAUGGAGCGCGAGCUUGCCAUCCCAAUACGAGGUCCAGUUCCGCGAUCUCGCCCCGUCACCCCGCGACAAUACCAAGCCGUUUGUAGUCUUCUCGGUCUGCGCACCGGCCACGACCUCUAGCGAGCAGUGGCUCGUGUCCGUCCAAAAGCACAUCCCGGUUCUCUACACCGUCAUCGCGCUGCCGCUCAGCGCUGAUCAGGACGAGGCCAUCGGUCGUUUGCGCGUAUACCAUCGAUCCGCGAAAAUCGCGCCUGCUUCCAUCGACUUGACACCGGUACGAUCGGUGGUUGCUCUCGUUUCGCCAGCGUCCAACGGCGUUCCGUCCUUCGAGUCGACUCUGAUCGCGCACAACUCUGGUGGCACGCCCGCGACGGUGUACGCGAUUGUCUGCUAUGACAUGCGCGACUGGCGCGACACUGCGAUCGCGCUGCCCGAGCCGAUCGUGCUCCAGCCCAAGCACAAGGCGUCGCUCACGUUCCGAGGCCCCCUGAUCCCCAACGCCGGUGUCAACCCGAAUCUCGUGGCAUCCGACCUGCAUCUUUCAUUGCACUUGGUUCAGAGCUCUGGCUCGCCGGUCGAAACUACAGUCACGGCUACGUUGGAUGCGCCCGAGACGACGAAAGAAGCAACGUUGCCGCCGACAAGCGCACCCGACGCGAAGCACGACAAGGGCGCGCUCGUGGCCCUCGAUGCGCAGCCAAAUGCCGCGGACGAAGACGAGUUUGCGCGCGUGCGGAACCGUCUCCACAGCCAAGGUGUCGUUGCCAACAGCGCAUUUCCGUCGGCGACCUUUAAAGCCAUCUCGGCGUGCCUCGUGCUUGGCGUGGUCGUCUACACGUCGUACUUUGCCUACGCGCGUCUCCGCAACCGGUCGAUGGCCUGGACGCAGCUUGUGGGCCGCAAGAAGCAAAAGGCGAAGUACCCGAACGACAACAUUCAAGACUCGGCCCUCGAUGAGUUUGAUGACCACUUUGAAGAAGACGACGGGCUGCUCUCGCCAACUGCUGCGCCCAAGCCGCCGCCUGUCCUUGCCCAGGAGACCGACCCGCAGCACGUAUGGGGGCAGCAGCCAGCGCGCGUCGUGUCACCGGCCCACCGAGCGCCGUUGUUUCCGGAAACGACGCCCACGAAGCGUACGGCCCCAACCAUCAGUGCUGUAGUGCCCGAGCCCCUUGAGCUUGACCCUUCCAUCCGCAUCCAUCCCAAGCGGUUCGAGUCGCUAUGGGGCGAGUACAUGGAGCGAGCGAAAUGGCAGCGGGCGAUUUCGCUGCGGCCAGACGCCAACGCCGUCAUGACGCGCUUCUACGACAUGGGGCUCGUGUGCAUGGCCAGCGGUUCGGUCCAGCUCACAGACAAAUAUUUAUUCUACACGGCCGAGCCGUCCGCCCCCGACGCUUUCUACUUUUGUGACGUUGCGAUCCAAUUCAUCUCGCUCGAAGUCGACGUCUCGGUGCGCACGCCGCGCGAGACGUCCGCGGCCAAGAUGCAUGCGUUUGUACAGCGCGUCAAGAUGGCACUCGACGACCUCGACGCCGGCGCGUCCCCGCCCACACCAGCGCCGAGUGACUGAGCACCGCAUCGAUAGGCCAUGCAUGCUACACGGCGGCGCCGUGGUCGGGUAAACAAGCAACAUGACCGCGACUGUCCA